ACAUUUGAAGAAAACCCAACAAAGACCUGGCGAGGCGGUCCAAGAAAGAAACAAAGAGCCACCUAGCCAAAGAUGUUUGCCACUGGUGGUCCCCGUUGUCCAGUCCAGUCCUUCAAAACAUAUCUUGCCCACAGACCUGAAGAAAUGCGAGUGGCCCGUUUUAUCUCGCCAUGAUUGAAAAACCGAAAUCCGAAGUGUGGUACAAGAAACAGAGGAUGGGUGUCAAUAAGAUCGACUCCUUCAUGAAGAAUAUGGCUUUGGAAGCGGAAUUGAAUGUAGAGGGAAGACAGUUAACCAACCAUUCGGUAACAAAAACGCUUGUGAAGAAGCUGAAGACCUUGAAUCAGCGAAGAAGUACGAUCAUCGGUGUUACAGGUCACACAAACGAGCGUUCACUGGCAGACUACAAGCAAGGUGAUGAAGCAGAAAAGCAACACAUCUCCUCCAUCAUCGACUCUCCUAUCAGCCAACAGGUUCAGAAUUCCCGUCCAGUUCUCUCCAGUUUGUCCAUUCAGCACAACCCUACAGCAACACCAGCCUGCCAAACAGUAGUCCAUCACUUUCAUGGCUGUCAGGUCACAAUAAAUUAUGGAGCUGGCAUUGUUGAGUAUCCUCCUCAUCCUAUCGCAAGUUGUGAGUUUAAACCACUUUGGUUCAAGAAUCAAGCACAGGUGUCUACGCAUUGAUGGAGAACUUGUUUGCGAAGAAUUUUCCAGGAUUUUUUACAACUUAUGGCGAUUACAUUGUACAUGCUAGCAGAAAUUGUACGAAGUUCGUUUACUGGUCCUGGCAAUCCGAGUGAAUUGUGCAGCUUAACAUCUUUGCCGUGUUGCGAUCUUAAACCGUUUUCAAGAGUCUCAUCUCCUUUGGAGGGCGAAUAGAUAAGCUCCUUCGCGAAAACAACAGUCCUAAGACAAGGCGCAAAUUGCAUUGCACUUACUUUGCAUAAACUUUCAAGUUAUGUUUUUUUGCGGAUAACUUCCGAGAAUUUGCGACCCUUAA